AUGCCGCAGAGCGGGAGAGAUGAGGGAUGGCUUCGUGCCUGGUGCACCAAACACGAUAUCGCUGCAGACGAGUUCCAACCACAGUUACCACUAAUAUCCACCUAUUCGUUGUCGACGCAAAAGGAAGACGAGGAUCAGGCCAAUCUCCUCCUUACCCAGGCCUCUGAAAUACGAAGAACCGGCGAAUCCAAAACAACCACAGUUCCUGGGAAGGUAAAGAAGGACAAAUGGAGUUACGAGGACUACUGCGGUGUCCUCACGGAAAUCGUGAAUGCGUCAGGGUCAGUUGGAGUCGCAGAAAGCGUCUGGAACAGCCUUCAACUGCAGAAGCCGAAGAAGGCUCGGACAGGUCGAUUCGCGCGGCGGCAACAGGCUGGAGAUGAGGAAACAGACGAUCUACUUUUCCUUCUCCUCUGCAGCACAAUGCGAUACAAGGAGACGGCCAUGUUCCACUUCCUCGCCAACUCUGCCAGUUCCGAUGUGGUCAAUAGAAUGCUCCCAACCGCUCUCCAAAUGCGCAGCCAACGAAAUACCCAGAUUCUCCUGGAAGAGAACGCAGAUCCGAAUACUUGUUCUGAAGAAUUCAUAACGCUCGUCAGGGCUGGAGACGAUGAGUUUGUCCGCCUCCUGCUUCAAUCCCAAACGCCUAUCGAUAUUGCGAUACUCACCUCUGCCCUUCCUGACGCCGUCCAGCGUGGAAAUAUCGGCGUCGUCCAGCUUCUCCUAGCCCACGGCGCGGAUGCAAAUUCCGAUAGCGGGAUUGCCAUGGAGAAGGCCAUUCGGGCAAAACGUACCGAUCUUGCUCUGUUGAUGCUCAUGUCUCCGAACCCUCCCUUACCGGAGACUCUUGCGCCUAUUGUCUCGUAUGUCUUUUUCAAGAUGGAAAUUCUCCAAGAUAAGAAAUACAGCCUCAUCGAGCUGCUUCUCAACGGCGGUGCUACUGGUGGAUCUGUCUCUCUUGCCUUGGGAGGCGCAGUCCUUCAGCGCUGGACUGAGGUGGUAGAGCUGUUUAUUGACAAAGGUGUCUCCAUCAACUACAAUAAAGCGGAAGCAUACCGACAUGCUGUCCACCAAGUCGAUCUUGAAAUGCUUCGUAUUUUGAGCAGGGGAAAACUGGACGACGACCUGGCUUCGGAACUUUUCGGUGAAAUCGACCAGACGAAGUACGGUAGCUCGAUAACAAACGAAAAGUGGCAUGCACUGGCGGAGCUUCUUCUUGAUCAAGGUGCGGCCGGGGACGUGGUUGACGAAGCAUUGAAUCAACGUGUCGAAAAGAGAGAUCUUGCUGGUGUGAAUCUUUUACUACGAGAAGGCGCUUCUGUCGACUACGCCAACGCCGCUGCACUUGAUAAAGCUGUAGCAUCCGAGAAUGAAGAGUUCAUUGACGCUCUGCUCCAGUAUCAACCGGCCGCACAGUCCGUCAACACUGUCUUCGAUCGAGUCGACAGGCUCUCACCAGACGUUAAACUGCGCAUAACGCGAAAGCUUCUCGAUGCUGGAGCUAACGGAACUGCGGUUAACGAUAUCCUCAAGAACGCCAUGACUCAACACACCGGGGAAAGGGACCGCGAAUUCAUUCAGAUACUGGUCGAUGGCGGCGCCGAUGUUGGCCAAGGGAAAGGCUAUCUACUUCAGCUCGCUGUGCAGUCUUCCGAUGAUGCUACUUUACAAAUUUUGCUUCUCGGAUUUCCCGUGCCCACCAUUCUGUCAUCUUGCAUACCCCUUGCCAUAGACCUGACCGAAACCCAGAGGUACAAGAUAAUACAUAUGCUCCUCCACGCUGGCGCUAGGGGUGAUGAAGUCUCCCAGGCGCUCGUGGACAGCAUUGACGGGACGUCCUCUGGGUGUCAGUUAGCAUCCCUCUUGCUGGCCACGGGAGAAGCUAAUACUGGCUUCGAGAGUGGAAGGGCAUUUAAGAAGGCGAUCGAAUCACCAAAUAUCGACUUUAUCGAGCUCCUCGUACAGUACAAUCAUCUCCAAGAAUCCGACUUUUGCGCAUCGCUCCUUGUCGCAAUUGGCCUCCUGCAACGCGAUAGGACUCGGCUGGAGAAAAUCCGCAUCUUGCUCAUGAGUGUUCAAGAGCUGUCUGGCGGAACAGGGCACGCAGCCCUCCGCCAUGAAAUGGAAGGCCUAAAGCGACGAGAUGACCAGACUCUCGGGGUCUUACAUAUGCUACUAGAAGCCGGGGCAGAUGUCAACCACAACCAAGGCCGCGUCUUCGUCGAUGCCAUCGAACUGGGCUUGUUCGAAUGCUUCAAGCUGUUCCUCGCCACCCAUCCAUCCUUUCAAUCUCUGGAAAAUGCGUUUGAGAAUGCUCUUUCCAUUGCCCUUCGUGCAACCCUACCUCUCGAUCUACGAUACCUGCAAGAACUACUUGCGACCGGCAUGCCGCAGGCGGCCCUCGACAAGGCAUUAUUACGCACUACCGAGGAGCGAAAUGAAGUGCUGGCCCUCCUUGUUUUGCGGCACGGUGCAUCUGUUAAUUACCAAGACGGUGCCGCAGUGCGUCAUGCUGUUUCUAAAAUUGACCUCGAAUUGCUCGCCCAUCUCCUACGACACGAUCCUGCUGCUGUCACGCUCAACUGCGGUUUCGCUAAAGCCAUGACACUGCACGAUAUCCGCGCAAAGCAUGACUGCUAUCAACUGCUUCUCAAGGCCGGGCCAGUAUCUCAGCGACUUCUUGAAGAGGCACUUGUUGCUUCCGCUGAUGGCGGAUGGAUGCACGCUGCAAUUUGCGAGCUCUUGCUCAACCACAAAGCCACCCCAAACUAUGCUGCGGGUUCACCGUUGUGCCGCGCUAUUAGGUCUGCCAACUACAAAGUCGACUUGAUAAAGCUGUUCCUACGAUACAGAGUUACGGAAGAAGCUGUUGCAGCCGCGCUGGGUGCUGCAUUUGAAACCCUACAGGGCGAGACACGCAUUGCUACCAUGGACCUUCUUCUUGCUACCCAGAAGCCGCAAUUGACACUUGACCAGCUACUACUGAAAUCCGUACAUGCCCCUCACUGCGACCAUAAGCUCAUCCAGUGUCUCUUGAAAGCCAAUGCUUCCAUCUUCUACCAAGGUGGUGAAUGCAUUCUACACGCCGUCAUGAUCAACGAUAUACAAACCCUGCGCAUUCUCGAGCCGUACUUGCACGGACAUUCCGGCGUCUCGGAGAUAUUCAUGACAGUAUGGGGCAAUGGGAAACGAGCAAACUCGCCCCAGGAGGAAGCAGUGCUAUCGCUCUUGGUAUGUGCCGGUGCUUCGGGAGAGGCCGUGGAUAUGGCACUCCUGGAAACCGUCAAGACUGUUUCAACUACACCAUCCGGAUUUGCCUUUAUCGUUAAUCUGUUGAAUGCGGGUGCGGAUGUCAACUACUGCGAAGGAGCUUGCCUCGUCGAAGCAGCAACGCAAGCCAAUGUGCACAUCAUCAAGGAGUUGCUCGCUUAUGGCCCUCGUCGUUCUAACACGACCCGUGCUUUUCCACUGGUUUUUAGAUCUGGUGUUGACGCACAAAGCCUUCGCGAGAUCGCUGUUGCUUUUUGCUCUCACAGUUCUGCUCCUGACCUCACCUAUGACCAUCCAACCUGUGGUCCAGUUCUAUGUCUGAUGCUUCACACCUAUCCCAACGAGGCAGAGCUGCUGCAGUAUCUCAUUGAUAAGGGCAGCGUUGUCGACCCAGUUGUUAAGGCGACACUGCCGCUGUCACCAAGCGAGGAGAAAGUAUCAUUGCUCUGUUGGGCUCUUGCGCAAAGCAAAGCAGCUCUUCGUGAAGAUGUUGUCGAGAUUCUCAUUAAAUCCGGAGCGGACGUCAACUUCCAAGCAGCUUUAUCCCAAAGCACACCCCUCCAGCUCGCCAUUGUCGGCUCACGCGCUCAAUCCGUCGCAGCCCUCCUGCAAUUUCACGCCGACCCAUCACUCGAAUCAAAUGGGAUCUCACCAUUAUCCCUCGCUGCAUCAAUCGGCGACACUAACAUUGUCCGCCAACUCGUCAACGCCGGCGCGGCCCCAGGCGACGGCAGUCUCCACGAAGCCGCCAGAAUGGUUAAUGUUAGCGUUCUCCAAGUCCUGCUCAUCGAAGCCAAACAGCGCGACUACCCGUGCUCGCGCUUCCAAGGACGCACCGCCCUGGCCGAGCUAUGUAUGACAGCAGGCAACAAACCAACCAGCCAGCUCAAGGCCGCCAUGUCGCUCCUCAAGAACAACGGCGACUUCCGACGCAAAUCAAAGGGCAAGUCAGUCCUGCACUUUGCGCUGGACCAUCCAAACGCCAUCCUCGUCUCCCAGGCCCUGCUCGAUGUCUUCAUGAGCGAGUAUGUCAAUGACGACUUCAACGUCUUCGAGGACGGCCGGUACCGCUACUCCCCCCUCGCAUAUGUCUCACGCGGUCUGAACAAGGCACCACCCACCCAACGCACCGGGCUCACCGACCUCCUUCUUGAAUUCGAAUGCCGCGACCGCUUCUGGGCAGCCGAAGGCGAGCAGCCCGUCGACAUGGUCGGCGCACCGGAGGAGAUCAUGCGCGUCCUGAAAACCCAGAAACAGCGACAGGCGCGCAUCCAGGAAGAAGACGAAGACCACGAGCGCCGGCUCAUGCGCCGUCGUGCUGAGCAGGCUGAAGAACUCUCUAGUCUACGGGCGCGUCAUAAUCUCACGCUAGACCAUACGAGGGAAAUUGCUAGUGAGACCGCGCGCCUUGAGCACGAGACUGCCUCCCGCCAGGCAACCAUCGCGUCGCAGCGCUAUGACGCUGAGCUGUCGUAUAUGCGACAAGUGACCGACCUUGCGAAUAGGCGGAAGGAUGACUCGAAUUACCGGGAAAUCGAGCAUCGCCGGCAGCUUGCGCUGAUGGAGAACUCGCAGAGGGACGAGAGUUAUAAUAUCGAGAAACAGCGGCGCGAGGAAGAGGCUGCGUUUGUUCAGCACCGCGAGAGACUCCUAACCUCUGGGUAUGAAGAUCGCGCGAGGAUUGAUCGGGAUCGCUACGCGGAACAGAUGCGUCUGUUUGAUGCGCAGAAGGGCAUUAUGGAGAUGAAUGCGCGGCCGAAGGUGGUGAAGCAGAUUGCCUAUGAGGCGGACUCUAGUAUACACGUCAGUAAUCGACCAGGCAUCAACGCCUUUUAUCCUCCCCUCUGCCUCUCCUUUCAUCCCAUCCCCUCCUUCCAUCCCCUCCAUAACCACAUUAAAAACACAAAACGACACAAAAUGACAACCCCCCAAAGCGACAUCGACACCAUCUGCACGGCCAUAAAGUCCGGCACCAUAAAAUCCAUCGUCAUCCUCGCAGGUGCCGGCCUAUCCACCUCAGCCGGAAUCCCCGACUUCCGCUCCCCAGAGACAGGCCUCUACGCACGCCUCGCACCCCUCCAACUCCCCUACCCAGAAGCCAUCUUCCACAUCUCGUAUUUCCGACACACCCCCGAGCCGUUCUACGCUAUUGCUGCUGCGCGACACCCGCGGAACCUGAAGCCGACGCUGGGUCAUGCUUUCUUGGCACUUCUUGAUAGGAAGGGGCUGUUGAAGUUUGUGUUUAGCCAGAAUAUUGAUGGGUUGGAGGUUGAUGCGGGGGUUGAGAGGGGGAAGGUGUUGAAUGUGCAUGGGAAUUGGCAGAGUCAGCGCUGUUUCAAGUGUAAGGUUCCUUAUCCGGAUGGGGAUAUGAGGAGGGCUGUUAAGCUUGGGGAGGUGCCGAAUUGUCCUGUCGAGGGCUGUGGGGGUGUUGUGAAGCCGGAUAUUGUCAUGUUUGGGGAGUCCCUACCCCAGGCGUUUGAGGAUAAAAGGGAAGAAGUUAUACCCCAGGCGGAUCUGAUGCUUGUUCUGGGGACUAGCUUGAAGGUUGCUCCUGCGUCGGGGAUUCCGAGAUUGGUCAAGGAGGGAGUGCCCAGAGUUCUUGUCAAUAAUGAGGUUGUGGGGGACUUUGGGAGUAGGGGGAGUGAUGUUUGUGUGCUGGGGAGCUGUGAUGAGGGGCUGAGAGAGAUGGCGAGAAAGUUGGGGUGGGAGGGUGAGCUGGACAGUAUCUGGAGAGAGGCAGUCGAGAGGAAGGAGAGGGUUGUCAAGAGCGAGGGCUGGGAUGAGGAGGGUCCGAGUCUGGACGAGUGUAUUCAGAAGGCAGCGGACAGGAUGAAGCUGCGUAUGGGGGUGUCAGAUGGACAUCGGAGGAUGCUGGAGGGGCAUUUGGGCGAGAAGAUGGCAGGAAUUCUGGGGAGGGCCAAUAGAGACCAGCCUAGUUAA